AUUUACAAGGCAUUUAUUAGCGCUUGGUUCAGUGAAGAAAGAAAUUAUUAUUUAGAUGAACUCUUGCAUAUGUGGUUAUGUUCCAUGCUUUGUAAACAUUCUUUUUAUUGCAUUUAUUUUGAAAUGUUAGCUUAAACUUCAUUUUCAGCAAUGUCAAUGUUGCAGGUGUAGAACACCUUUGCUGAUGUGUAGGUCCAUUGAAAAUAAUGAUCAUGAUCCAUUGAAAAUAAUGUGGGUUUCCUGUUCUAUUGAUAAUAACCAACCUUACCUAAAAAAUGUACCUUCCCUAGGGGUCCAGCAACACAGUUGUUUUACCAAGAAUAUCUUCUGAUUUCAGACGAAAUCUGCUGAGGAGCAGCUGAACCUCCACAGACAACUUGAGUGUCAUGACUGCAAUCAUUGAGCAGCAUUUUGGGGCCACACAUGAGGCCACCAUCGAGCUAUCUCCAAGUGGCGAUGGAGCUGAAGGUCAGCCGCGGAUCAUCAGUCGGCAUGUGCAGCGGCGAGGGCUGCUGGACACACUGCGCGAAAUCUUCCUGCCGCAGGGCUAUCCAGAGUCUGUCAGCGAUGACUACCUUGAAUAUCAGGUGUGGGACACGCUCCAGGCCUUUGCCAGUAACAUCACGGGCGCUUUGGCAACGCGCGCCGUGCUGGGCGGAAUGGGCGUGGGGGACGCCGAGGCCACGCCCCUCGCCGCCACCAUCACCUGGCUGCUAAAGGACGGCACCGGGAUGGUGGGUCAGAUCGUGUUCGCAUGGCGCUCCUCGUCCGGCCUGGACGCCCGCUGUAAGCAGUGGCGACUGUUUGCCGACGUGCUGAACGACGCGGCCAUCUGCCUGGAGCUGGCCGCGCCGGCGCUCGGCACCGCCGUCUUCAAGGUCGCGGUGAUAGCGGCCGGACUGGCCAAGAGCCUGGUGGGCGUGGCCGGCGGUGCCACGCGAGCAGCCAUCGCUCAGCACCAGGCGCUCAGAAGCAACAUGGCCGACCUGGCGGUGAAGGACGGCAGUCAGGAGCGGGUGGUGAACCUGGUCGGCCUGCUGACGACCAUGGCUCUUCUGCCGCUGGUGGACGCCGGCAGUGCCGCCAGCUGGCUCAUAUUCCUCCUCUUCACCGCGCUGCACGUGUUCGCCAACUACCGAGCGGUUCGAGCCGUCCGUCUCUCCUCUCUGAACACGCCGCGGCUCAGUCUCGUGCUGGACGGCUUCCUGGCGGCACCGGGCGCGGCGGCGGAGCUCGGGGUAGCCGCAGUGAACAGUCGAGAGCCGCUGGUACUCGGCACUGAGUCUCCUCGCUGCCAGUCUGCUCUGACCGGCUGGCGGCUGUUGCUGGGCGCUCCGCCGCUGCUGCUGGCCGCCCGCGCCGCUCCCGGCCAGCUGGACCAGCUGACGGCGCUGCACGCCGGCCGGCCGUACCUCCUGCUGCUUGACCCGUCCAGCAGAGAGGCGCUGGUCUGCCUGCGGCGCGGCGCCGGUCCCGCGGACCAGCUGGGCGCCGCGCUGGCUGCCGCCGUGGCAGUGCGACUGAGACAGGCGGCCGAGGGCGGCGGAGAGGUCCGGCUGGAGGGUCCGGUGGCCUCCGCUCUGGCCGGAGAAGGUGACGCGUGGAGGGACGACUGGCAGGCGGCCUCUGAGCGCGUGACGAAGCAGCUGCUGCCCCAGUUGCUGGAGCGUCUGCGGGUGGAGGGCUGGGCGGUGGAGGAGAGCCUACUGGAGCCUGGCGAAUACCGCGGCGUCUGGUAAGCGCGUCGGCUCGGGGCGCCCUUCAUACAUUCCGCAUCGUUGGUCCGCUGGCAUUAAACCAUCAUAAUCACCAGAGCCGUGAUAGUUUCAAGGGGUCGGGUUGGCGAGAGGAGUUUAAUGUUAUUUGCUGUGAACUUGGUACGGGGUGUGGUGCCACGUUCACUGUUUUUGAGGGAAGUCUGCAAUUAAUCACACUAAAACGACUGCUCGAUUGAAGCAGGUUAUGACUGUGAUGUAGUAGUGGGCCAAGCCGUCGUCUUGUAUUGCGUGCACCCACGCUCGUGUGUUGUAUUUAUCUGUCAUUGACCGGUAUUAUUCUCGUGGGGUUUCAAGACAUUUGACUGGAGACGACAUCACAAAGCCGUUAACUUCAUCACAUGGAGUCUGCUUUUAAUAAUAAACGACAAACUGUG